AUGGGGACGUGUCAAUCGAGCGAGGAUAAGGAGAUGAAUCAGAAGUCGAAGGCGAUCGAUAAGGAGAUGAUGCAGGGACAUUUGGCUCAGCAGAAAGUUGUCAAAUUGUUGUUGUUGGGUGAGUUGAGCGGGGGGCUUUGGGGGGGCUUCAGGGGGGCUAUUGGGGGCUUCUGAAGGCCGAAAAUAGCUUCUGAAAGCUUCUGGGGGCUUCUGGAGGCUCUAGGAGGCUUCAGGGGGCUUCUGAAGGCCAAAAUGGCUCUAGGAGGCUUCAGGGGGCUCUAGGGGGCUUCAGAGGGCUUCAAGAGGCUUCAGAGGGCUUUUGAAGGCUUCGGGGGGCUUCAGAGGGCUUCUGAGGGCCUAAAAUGGCUUCAGGGGGCUUCUGAAAGCUCAAAAUGGCUUUAGGAGGCUUCAGGGGGCUUCUGAAGGCUCUAGGAGGCUUCUGAAUGCCUAAAAUGGCUCUAGGAGGCUUCUGAGGGCUUCAGAGAGCUCUAGGAAGCUUCAGGGGGCUCCAGGAGGCUUCUGAAGGCCUAAAAUGGCUUUAGGUGGCUUCUGAAGGCCUAAAAUGGCUUCAGGGGGCUUUUGGGGGCUUCUGAGGGCUCCAGGAGAGUCUAGAAGGCUUCAGAGGGCUCUAGGAGGCUUCAGGGGGCUUUGGGGGGCUUCAGAGGGCUUCUGGAGGCUUCAGAGGGCUUCUGGAGGCUUCUGGGGGCUCUAGGAGGCUUCAGGGGGCUUCAGAUGGCUUCAGGGGGCUUCUGGAGGCUUCUGAAGGCUCUAGAAGCCCCCAGAAGCCCCCUGAAGGCUACAUUUCUCUUGCCAAAAAAAUUUUUGGAAUUGAAGUUUGCAGGUGAAAUUUUUCUGACGUAAAUCACCUUCAAAAGUCAAUUUUGCUUUUUUUGCUGGGCUUUAGGCCUAGGCCUUGAGAUAAGGCCUAUAGACCGCAAGCUUCCGCGUAGCGGCCGGGCUUAGAAGCCUAGGAGCCCAGAGGCUCGAGCGCUCUGCGCGAGUGUAGACCGCAAGCUUCCGCGUAGCGGCCAGGCCUAGAAGCCUAGUAGCCCAAAGGCUCGAGCGCCACUGGCGCGAGUGUAGACCGCAAGCUUCCGCGAAGCGGCACUAUCUUCCGCGUAGCGGCUGGGCCUAAGCCUAGAAGCCCAAAGGCUCGAGCGCCACUGGCGCGAGUGUAGACCGCAAGCUUCCGCGAAGCGGCACUGUCUUCCGCGUAGCGGCUGGGCCUAGGCCCCCAAGGCUUAGGCUUAAUCCAAAGCCCUUCCAAAAAUAGCCGCUUAAUUUACGACCAUGCACUUUGCUCAACUAAUCAAAUUCCCCUUGUCAUCGAACCGCGACGCGUACGCGUCGCGGUCCAAAUUUUUGAACUUUUUUGCACUUGGCUAAUUAAUUAAUUGUGUCAUAUUUUUGAGCCCACGCAGGAGCACAUUUUUGCCACGUCAUAGCUUUUGGUGUUUUUGUGUUGCUCAUUGAGCCACGCAGAAAAAUAACUCAAUAACCACCACACAAUAAUAAUAAUAAUUGUGAUAAUAAUAAUCAGUUGCCAUGGUUUUUUUCUUUUUUGCGUGCUCAAUUCACAGAAAAAUGAAAAAUUGCCUAAUCAUUAGCCAUAUAUUGUGUGUGUGUUAUAAGAAUAAUAAUAAGCAAAAAAAAUGAGCAAAAAAAAUGAGAAUAACAAAAAGAAAGAAAGAAAAGCGUGGGGGUUGAAGAUGUGGAAGGUUAAGGGGGGAAGUUUUAAAUUUGAAGGGUUCUUAAUAAGGCCUUAGGGCUUUAGAGGGCUUUAGAGGGCUUUAGAGAGUGUCCAAGGGCUUUAGAGAGCAUCAGAAGGCUUUAGAGGGCUUCAGAGGGCUCUAAAACACCUGAGAAGGCUUUAGAGGGCUUUAAAGGGCUUUAAAGGGCUUCAGAGGGCUUUAGAGGGCUUUAAAGGGCUUCAGAGGGCUUUAAAGGGCUUUAGAGGACUUCAGAGGGCUUUAGAGAGCAUAACAGGGCUUUUGAGAAUUCUAGAAAACAUUAAAGGGCUUUAGAGAUCUUGCGAGGGCUUAAGAGAGAUUCAGAGAUCUUCAAAGGGCUUUAGAAGGCUCUAGAGCACCUUAGAAGGCUUUAGAGGGCUUUAAAGGGUUUUAGAGGGCUUUAGAGAGCUUCAGAGGGCUUUAGAGAGCAUCACAUGGCUUUCAAGAACCUUAAAAAGCCUCAAUAACCUUAGUAGAACCUUAGAGGGCUUUAGAGAGCUUCAAAGGGCUUUAGAGAGCAGCCGAGGGUUUUUGAGAGCUCUAGAGGACGUUAAAGGGGUUUAGAGAUCUUCAGAGGGCUUUAGAGAGUAGCCAAGGGCUUUAUCGGACAGCAGAGGGCUUUAGAGAUCUUCAAAGGGCUUCUGAGGGUUUCAGAGAGCUCUAGAGGACGUUAAAUUGCUUUCGAGGGCUUCAAAAGGCUUUAGAGGGCUUUAGAGAUCUUCAAAAGGCUUUAGAGGGCUUUAGAGAUCUUCAAAGGGCUUUAAAGGGCUCUAGAGCACUUCAGAAGGCUUUAGGAGGCUUCAGAGGGCUUUAGAGGGCUUCAGAAGGCUUCAGAGGGCUUUAGAGGGCUUUAGAGGGCUCUAAAACAGCUGAGAAGGCUUUAGAGGGCUUUAGAGGGUUUCACAAAGCUUUUAAGAACAUCAAAGAGCCUUAGCAACCCUAAUAGAACCUUAGAGGGCUUUAGAGAGCCUUAGAAACCUUUAUUAUCUUCUAACUAAUUUUUUUGGAAUUACUUAAGACUUCCUGUAACUCACAGAAAUUUUCAAAAUCAAAUUCCAAGAUCCCUAAAGGCUUAGAGGGCUUUAUAGAACCUUAGAAGGCUCUAACGGGCUUUAGAGGAUUCUAAAGAGCUUUAGGGCUUUCAAUAAGCUUUUUUUCAGUUACCUUAAAGUACUUAAGAACCUUAACAUUCUCUAGAUAAUAUUAUGUUCUGCAAAAUACAAGUGUUUUUUGGAGUUGAGCCAAACUACAUAUUUUUUCCCAUGAGCAGGUGAUUUUCAUGAGCAAAGUACAUAUUUCUCGAGCGCCUUUGGCGCGAGUGUAGACCGCGAGCUUCCGCGGAGCGGCACUAUCUCCCGCGUAGCGGCUGGGCCUAAGCCUAAACCUAACCCGAGCGCCUAGGCUCGAGCGCUAUGCGCGAGUGUAGAUCGCAAGCAUCCGCGUAGCGGCACUAUCUCCCGCGUAGCGGCUGGGCCUUGAAGCCUAGAAGCCCAAAGGCUCGAGCGCCUGUGGCGCGAGUGUAGACCGCAAGCUUCCGCGUAGCGGCACUAUCUUCCGCGUAGCGGCUGGGCCUAAGCCUAAACCUAACCCGAGCGCCUCUAGUGCGAGUGUAGACCACAAGCUUCCGCGAAGCGGCCGGGAAUCUUCCGCGUAGCGGCCAGGCCUAGAUACAGCUCCAGAUAAGCCUAAAUUUUAUCCAAACCCAGCCAUGUUUAGACUCAAAAAAUCCCAAAUUUCCAGGAGCCGGAGAAUGCGGAAAAUCCACCGUACUCAAACAAAUGCGCAUCCUCCACGACCACGGUUUCUCCACAGAAGAGGCCGAUCAGCAAAAAUCCGUCGUCUACAACAACACAAUCCAAGGAAUGGCGGUGAUAUUGCGUGCGAUGAGCACUUGCGGAGUGUCGUUUGAGAAUGCGGCACGCGACGCGGACGCGCGCGUCGUUUUGGAUGUGGUGAAGGCGGGCAAGGAGUCGGAACCGUUUUCGCAGGAGUUGACACGGGCGCUGAAGAAUUUGUGGGAUGAUAAAUCGAUUCAUGAGGAGAUGAUUGUGAAGGGUGCGGAAUAUCAGUUGCCGGAAAGUGCUCCGCAGUGAGUUUGGGGCCUUGGGAAGGCUUGGGAAGCCUUGGGAAGCCUUGGGAAGGCUUGGGAAGCCUUGGGAAGCCUUGGGAAGCCUUGGGAAGCCUUGGGAAGCCUUGGGAAGCCUUGGGAAGCCUUGGGAAGCCCUGGGAAGCCUUGGGAAGCCUUGGGAAGCCUUGGGAAGCCUUGGGAAGCCUUGGGAAGCCUUGGGAGGCCUUGGGAAGCCUUGGGAAGCCUUGGGAAGCCUUGGGAGGCCUUGGGAAGCCUUGGGAAGCCUUGGGAAGCCAUUGGAUACUCAGCCAACGAGCUAAAUUAAUUAGCUGCGUACCUACAUUAGAUACUCAGUCAGCCAAUAAUAUCACAAAAUACGAUGCACUUUGUCUUUUUCCGGUAGACAAAAAGUGCAAUUUUAAUUUUUUGUGGCCACCGAAAAGGUACAAAAUGGGAUUUUUGAUCAUUGCUCAUGUUAGUGCAAGAUUGCGCGAAGCGCUCCGGAAGCUUCCGCGUAAGCGGCUCGAGCGGAGCGAGUGUAUUUCCCUCUGCGUCUCUGACCAUCUAGCUUCUCUGCACUCUCUAAAAACCUAUAUUCUCUGGCCGUCUAGCUUCUCUGCGUCUCUGGUUCUGAAGUGUUCUCUAGGUGUCUAGCUUCCGCAAGCUUGCGCGAAGCGCUCCGGAAUCUUCCGCGUAAGCGGUUCGAGCGGAGCGAGUGUAUUUCCCUCUGCGUCUCUAAUUCUACAGUGUUCUCUAGCGAUCUAGCAUCUCUAACAUUAGUGUAAUCCCUCUGCAUCUCUAACCCUCUCGCUUCUCUGCUCUCUAGCUUGCGCGAAGCGCCCCGGAAUCUUCCGCGCAAGCGGCUCGAGCGGAGCGAGUGUAUAUCCCCAGGCCUAAGCCUUAGCAUAAGGCUUAGUCCUGAGCAUAAGGCCCCAAAUGGCCCAAUCUAGCCCCCUAGGCUUGUUUGUGCUCAAAAAAUCCCAAAUUUCUUACAGCUUCCUCUCGUCAGUCGACCGAAUUGCCUCAAAUGACUACAAGCCCACGGAGCAGGAUAUUCUGCUCUCCAGAAUCAAAACAACCGGAAUUGUCGAAGUCAAAUUCCAGAUGAAAAACGUGGAUUUUCGUGUGUUCGACGUGGGUGGUCAAAGAUCGGAGCGUAAAAAAUGGAUUCAUUGUUUCGAGGAUGUGAAUGCCAUUAUUUUCAUCGCCGCCAUUUCGGAAUAUGAUCAGGUUUUGUUUGAGGAUGAGACGACGAAUCGAAUGAUUGAAUCGAUGCGAUUAUUCGAAUCGAUCUGUAAUUCCAGAUGGUUUAUUAACACUUCGAUGAUUUUGUUUUUGAAUAAGAAGGAUUUGUUUGCCGAGAAGAUUAAGAGAACUUCUAUUAAAGUCGCUUUUCCAGAGUAUAAAGGUGAGUUGUGGCUUGAAAUUUGGAGCAUUUUGAGCCCGGUUACUGUAGGAUUACUGUAGAUUUUCUCGCCUCAAAAUUUGAAGCAUUUUGAGACCAAAUAUGAUGAGGUUUAGGAUUACUGUAGAAUUUUUGCCGCGUGGAAUUUUCUUUGCAGUCUGGAUUACUGUAGAUUUAUAGCCAUUCAUUUUGACAUCUCACAAGCUUAGGUUUCGGAUUACUGUAGAAAUUUCCACGUGGAAGUAUCUUUGCAGUCUGGAUUACUGUAGUUAUAUAGCCUUUGGAAAAUUAUGAUCAUUUUGACAUCACACAAGCUUAGCUUUAGGAUUACUGUAGAUUUUUGCCACGUGGCAUGUUUUUUGCAGUCCGGAUUACUGUAGUUUUGUAGCCUUUAGAAAAUUGUGAUCAUUUUGACAUCACACAAGCUUAGGUUUAAGCUUACUGUAUUUUUUGCAGUCCGGAUUACUGUAGUUUUGUAGCCUUUGGAAAAUUGUGAUCAUUUUGAGAUCAAAUAUCACUAGGGUUAGGAUUACUGUAGCUUAUUCCACGUGGAAUUUUUAUCUACAGUAAUCCUACAAUUUUUUGCAGUCCGGAUUACUGUAGAUCAAAUUUGAGGCCAAAAAUUGAUCUACAGUAAUCCUAGGCUUAUUGGGUAUCAAAAAAACUGCAAAUUUCGCGCCAAAACCGAUCUACAGUACCCCGAAAACCUAAUUUUUCUCUGCAGGCGCUCAAACCUACGACGAAGCCACCCAUUUCAUCGAGGAAAAAUUCGAUGGUCUCAACGCGAACCCGGAAAAAACCAUCUAUAUGCAUCAGACCUGCGCGACUGACACAAAUCAAGUUCAAAUGAUUCUGGAUUCGGUUAUUGAUAUGAUUAUUCAAGCCAAUCUACAAGGCUGUGGAUUGUACUAA